GAAUGAGCAGGAAAAUGGUUGUGUUCUUUAUGCUCCUGGCCCUGAUUGUGGCCGUAAAUGGUCAGACUUUCCAUUUCGGGAGCUGCCCUACACCACCAGUCCAGCAAAAUUUUGAUGUUGGCAAAUAUCUUGGUAGGUGGUAUGAAAUUGCAAGGCUCCCUGCUGUCUUUGAGAAAGGGAAGUGCAACCAAGCCACUUAUUCUUUGCUGAAAGAAGGAGUUGUCAAAGUUGUGAAUGCUGAGCUACUGAAGAAUGGGGAAAUUAACUCCAUCGAAGGACAGGCCACAGUGACAAACUCGACCCAGCCUGCCAAAUUAGAUGUCACCUUCUUUAAAGGUAUAGCUGAUGCCCCCUACUGGGUAAUCUCCACUGACUAUACCUCCUACUCGGUGGUGUACUCCUGCAGGAAUGUCUUCGGCCUCCUCUACGUGGACUUUGCCUGGAUCCUUGCACGCUCCCGAACCCUGCCGGACAGCACUGUCUCUCAGCUGCGUGGUGAUCUGGAGUCGCAUGGUGUCAGCCUGAGAGGGAUGACCUUGUCUGACCAAACAGGUUGUGAUGCCAUGCCUGAAGGGCAAGGGCAAUGAGAUAAAGCAAUGCAUUUACUGGAGAUCUCAUACUAAUAG